UUUUUAUGAAAGUCUGCACGUUUCUACGUUCACCUUUGAAGUCGGUGCGGCGGUUCACACUUGACAAUCUGAAAAAAAUAAUGAAGUCCUUGGGUUCGAGUUACCUAGCAUUGCUUAUGGAUCAUUUGCAAACACUGCUUACCCGUGGUUUCCAAAUACAUGUGCUUUCUGUCACUGUGCAUGGUGUACUCGAUGAGUUACGUGAGAUAUUACAAGCGGGUGAUAUAGAUCGCUGUCUAGGCAAUGUUUUAGAAGUGGCUAUGAAUGAUAUUUUUGGAGAGGCGGCUGUGGAAAAGAGUAUUGAUAAGAUCACCGCACACACUCCAGAAGCAAAACCAAGUGCCAAAAGCUAUCUAAUCUUGCAUAUAGUAGCGCGUAACAUACAGGAAACAUGUUUACUCGAUUUACUCUUACCAUUUCGGGAUCAUCUGACACGUUCACAGUCCAGAAAAGUAACUAUGAAAAUACAAGAUUGUUUUGCCAAAAUUGUUGCUGGUUUGGUGGAAAAUGCGCACAUAACAUGCCAGAGUUUACUUUAUUUUGUUUAUGGUACAAUAUCGGAAAGCAUAACCGACUUAUUGCCGGGCACACAGAAACGAGUGCUUAGUGAUCAAGAGAAGGAGAAAAUGCGACGAGCGCGCCCUGAUUGCUAUAUCAUACAACCAGCGCCACGUACAAGAUCUGGCGCUGUUAAUAAAAUUGUUAAAUCGAAUGCCCAAGCAAAUGCGCACAUAUUGAUCGAAUUCGGUUUGGAAAUGUUGUACAUUGUCCUAAAGCGUAAGAAGCUUAUGUCGGUGAAUUAUCAGCCAUUUUUGCAUCCUUUACUACCGCUCCUUAGAGAUUCGCUGAAAAGCACACAUAUACGCUGCACAACAUUUGCGCUGAAAUGUUUUGCUUCGAUUUGGAAUGAGGAAUAUGAACUGCCUGCGUUACAGGAACACAUAACAGAUAUUGUGACACGCAUGUUCGAAAUACUAAAGAAUUUUUCCACCUUUGGUGCCACUAAACAAGAAGAUAACUUUCAACUGGUAAAGUCAUCCUUUAAAGCAAUCGUCGCACUUUUGCGGAAAUAUACUGAAUAUGAGUUGACUGAAGAGCAAAUCACGCAGCUGGUGCUUUAUAUCGAGCAAGAUUUGUAUGAAGGUGAAAACCAAGCUAUGUGCUUACCACUGCUAAAAGCAUUGGUUACGCGUAAGGUGGACUCAAAGGCUUUACAUGAAUUGAUGAAAAAGAUCGGCGAUCUAUCCAUUGUUUCUCAAUCGGAUUUCGUGCGUAAUGAAACGCGCGCAAUACUUUUCAUCUACCUUAUGGAAUAUAAGCUUAAACACCGUGUGGAUCAGGUUAUAAAAUUCAUGUCGGCACAACUGUGUUAUUCCCUGCCAACUGGACGGCAAUCAGUGAUUAAGUUCUUUCACACUGUCAUACAAAAAUUUCCACAUAAGAUUCUUGCAAAACGUGCCGAGUUUUUGUUUCUAACGUUGGGUUUACGUUUGGUCAACGAUGAUGAACCUGAUUGUCGUAGAGCAGUCGCUGAAUGCAUUGAGUUAUUAAUAAACCGUUUGGAUAAAGUCAAUCGUCAAUUGCUAUUUGAUAUUAUUUUAUUAUUAAUGGAAUCUAAUGAUAAAGCCACGACAAGGGAAAUGGGCGCUUGUUUAUGUUCACGUUUUGUCAAUGUCGAAAAGCAAUCCUUUUCCCCGCGUCUAAAGACAAUAUUGUCCUCAAUACAAGCACGUAUCACCCUAAACAAUCCAAAUGCGCCGGGUAGAUUUGUACGUGCCCCCGGUGUCUUAGGUGUUGAUGUGCAUGCGGAAGAUGUGAUGCAAAACCAUAAAAAUAAAGGACGACGUCGUGAGUUAUAUGAGAAGAUGGAUCAUUUAAUUGGUAAUGAAGAAGCACUUGCUGAGACAGUUGAGGAAAAGCAGCGAGCAAUCGAUCAUGAAGUUAUACAAAUGCAAUAUUGUCUGCUGAAGAUAUUCGAUUACUGCGGUCAAACAUGUUUCUCCAAUGAAGAACUAGUAAAUAUCGUCGAUGAACUCGCCUAUGAGUCACAACGUCUACUUGCACAUGAACACUCCCUCGUGCGCUGCAAUGCAGCCAAAAUACUCACGCAUGUACUGGGAAACUAUGAUUUCGAUUUAGUUGCGCAAAUUAUUAAUAAAGAAAAAACUUUGGAAAGCAUAAACCCACAGUCAGCGAAGCUCAAUUACAUUUACAUAAAUCCCGAAUUGGAUAUAAAGUCUUUGACUCUGGAUCUAUGUGCGCAAAUUACACCAGGGGAUACUGCGCAGGAGAUGAUAGAUGAGAUAGUGAAGAUAUUUCUCUACAUAGGCAAUAUGUUGCGAAAUGUAUCGCUGGCGAAUGUUGAGAUCAAAAUAAAUUUGCAUUGGUUUGCACGUAGGAUACGUUUUCUGAUUAAUAAGGAAGUAGCUAGAGCACCGCACUCCACACAAAUCCGUACAGCACUAUUCACUCUUAUCGAAGGAUUUAUCACGUUGCUGAGCGUUGAGACCAUAGAGAUUUUGCUGCCCACACUUUUGCCUACACUUGUGCGUGAAAUGUCAGAGGAUGACGACAGUGUAGAUCUGAAGCUGAGGCAAUUAGCUUUGCAUGUUGGCAGUCGACUACGUAAGCGUAUUGGCUCUGAUCUCUAUGAUAAGUUGCGUACAAAUGUACAAACUGAACUUAUGAUGCGCCGAGCUGAACGUAAGAAGGUUAUAGCUCAAGAGAAGAUACACGAUCCAGUACGUGCCGCAAAACGUAAAGUCGGCAUACAGGAACGUAAGAAGGCCGCUAAAAAACGAAAAACAGAACUGAUGCGCGGUAAAGUGGAAGACGUUAAACAGAAACUGAAGAAACGAAAACGUAAAGCCGAAGAUGAUUUAUUCUAGCAAAGUGAAGUGAUUAACUUAAAUGCAUGAUUAUAAUUAAGUACAUAUUAAGAGGAUUAAGAGUGCUUAAGCUGAAGAUGAUUUGUUCUAGCAAGUGGAGAGAUUAUUUUAAAUGCAUGAUUAUUAUAAAGUAAAUAUUAAGAGCAUUAAGAUUUAGUAUUGUAAAAACCUUGCAUUGCCAAAAUGUAAAUCUUUUACUUAAAAGCAUAAAAA